AUGCCGCCGCGAUACAUGCGACCCACCUUCUCGUCUAUCCUGCCAGAAUACGCCAACUCCGAGACUGACCAGAUCCGCAAUGCCUUCGGAACAGGAUCCUACACUAAUAUUCAGAAAAUGCCCGCCCGACUACGAAAUAACGCCGUGAACCAGGCGCGUUUCGAGAAGAUGAACGAGAAUCGACUCAUACAACCCAAUAUUGGCAAGAAAGCCACUAAGAACGGAUUUUUUAACAAGUUCGAGUACACACCGUCACGCUUCAGUCUCUCGGACGGACAGGCACACAUGGAGAGACUCCGUUCCGAGGCCAAGCGUACCGAGAUCAGUGGUCAGGACUUCGUAAGUGGCGGUGCAGCCGUGCGACUCAAACACGAGGACGCUUUUGGAGCUACGAGUUUUCGGUAUCCACACAUGCACGAGCCCUACCCGGACACUAUGGAGGAGAAAAAGCACAAGCGCUACCUCGAAGAGAAGAAAAUCUUGCACGGCGCAUUUGUGCCGUCUGGACAGCGACCUCCAGUGGACGCUGUCACCCGGAAGCUUAUCCCUCAACUUAUCCAGGAGAUGCAUGAAGUCAUCGCUGCAGACUGGCAGGGUCUCGACUUCUCCAUCGCACCUGCUCGAGACGAGAACAUUGUCGUGCGCUUUAACGACGUCUCAAUCGAGUGCGAGAAUGGGGUCGUCGCGUACAUGAACGUCUUUUGCAAGACCAACCGAGUGGCGUGCAAAUAUGGAUUACGCAAAGUAGCGGAGGACUGGAAUGCGAAGCCUGGUGACGGUGGACUCUACUUCGCGUUCCGCCCACCUUGGGUCAAAAACCGAUCCAAGGAUCUCAUUGUCUUCGUCAAUAACUCAAGCAGUUCGUCCAAGGCUCGAAAUAAUCAGUAA